GGAAGAACACGAUACACGCAUACUAUCGACAGAGCAAACCGUCCAUCGAUCGACAUAAAUCCUUCAACAUCGAUCGACAUCCGCUCUAAAACAAAAACCGCUGUAAGUGAAAGAGAUAAAUUUAAUAACGAGUAUCUAACUCCAGACGAAUUUGUUAUUUUCAGGGACCCAGAUGGCCACGCAAGAGCAAUAGAUGGACGUAUAAUGAAUUUAUCUCGAAAAGAUAUUGCAGACAUCCUUCAGACAGCCAAUGGAGCAGAAAAUGUGUUCGUUCAUCAACGCAACAUUCCAGAAUACCAACAGAAGGAUACAAAUGAGUUCUAUGACGCAGCUGGUGGCAUAGACAAAAGCUUCAAACUAUGGUCUCGCCAUACCACUCGACCAUCGAUCGACGUUGACGUCCCAACAUCGGUCGACAGACGGCUAGAAUUCUGCAGAAGAGCUUUUGAUUUCCACGGUACCAGGAAAUUCUACUGGGAAGAGAAGGAUCAGUAUGGAGUCUACAGAGAUGAACAGGGAUACGCCAGAGAUCUAGAUGGAAACACCAUUCGUCUUCAAAACAUGGAUAUAAGAAGAGUUCUGGAGAGAGCUUCGAGAGAUGAGCCAAGCUACAUAUGUCUUCAUGAACAUGCUACCUUAUUCACACAGACCAAGCUGGUACCAGAGAUCUACACCAAGGACGAGAUCAAUGAGAUGUUCUAUGGAGUCUGUGGAGAACAAGAGAAGAACAAAGAAGCUUUCCAGAUGAAGCUUGAUGGUGUCUACUAUCCAUUGAAUGAUAGUAUCAGUUGGCUAACUACUUGCAUGGAGGAGAUGCAGCAAGACAUAUCCAGAAUUCAACAUGGUACCGAUGUUGCUCAAUCGUCAUCGAUCGACGGAGAUCAACAUACAUCGAUCAACGUUCGUCAACGCACAUCGAUCGACAAUCAGAUGCCAACAUCGGUCGAAAACAAUCCACCACGCCCACUUACGAUGAAGUCUCAAGAAAAUUUUCACAAAGAGAUAGAUUAGUUGGUAGAAGGGAUCUAUAGAGCUCUGGAAACUACAGAAGAGAGGCUUGAUGGGAGAUGUGAUGACAUCUAUUUCCCAAUGGAUCUUAGCAUCGGUGCUUUGACUUCCAAGAUUGAAGCUAUACAAGGGGAAUUGGUGGAGAUUCAGAGUUACAUUGCCCGUCGACCUGAAGCAUCGUCAUCGAUCGAUAGAUGCAACAACAAAUCGACCGACAUUCAUCAUCGAACAUUGGUCGACGACGCUAAAAACCGAGGCCGGCUAGUACCAAAGAUGACAUCAGACAUGUCUGACACACAUUACCAUGGAGAGGAGAUCUCAGCUGACACUUACACCACACUUAGAAGACAUCCGUUAAACCUUGAGAGUCUUGAAGAAAAAUUGCAGAGGAUGGAAAACACAACUGCAACAAUGAAAGAAAAAUGGCGUAGAGGGGAUGAAGCUAUGAGAGACUUCACUGGUACAUGGUUCAACAAGCGUAGAGAAGAGAUGGAUACUUGUUUUCCAACAAGUUCCAACUUUCAACACUACUAGCCCAAUCACCUCCAAAGUCAAGCUAAAUGACUAUAACAAAGUGCUGAGUGGGAGGCAACCCACUAUUAGGUAAUAUUUAUUUAGUUUUUAUUGAUAUACUAUUUAUGUUGGUUUUAAAUUAUUGCAGGUCAUAAAAAUAGAAAACACAAAAAGAGAUCCGAGUAGACGAUUGCCGUGAGUAUCGACCGACGAGAAGCUAUCGACAUUGAUCGUCAUUUCCUAACCUGUCGCGACCGAUAUCAACAUCCCUACAUCGAUCGACAUCCAUUCCGGUCUGAUAGUACUAAAGAUACUAAAGUGGAUCAACCUGUCAACUAUUCACACUUGCUGAGA